GGACAGACGGACAGACGGACAGACAGACAGACACAGAUAGGGCUAUGAGGACAUGAUGGAACAGACCAAACCCCGCGCAUUUAUUCGCCUUGCGUCGCGGUGCGUUGGGUCGCCAGCCGUGCUCUCUUGCCCUGUUGCCCAAGAGCCGCGUGGCUGGGGGCACAAGAGCGCAUUUUGACACAUAGAGCCCGCCCAAUGGCAUCGCACGAGCAUGUGCGCGGAGAGCAGCCCAAGAGAGCCUCGUCUGCCAUCCGGUGCCGUGGUGGUGUGCUGCCUCGGGUCGAGAAUUGCUUUGCUGCGAUAGCCUUGGUGGGGGGUGACGACGAGGGCGACGUGUCGCAACCUGUCGGCCGCUCGCUGCAGUGGCAAUGGAUGACCACUGACAGCAAGCGGACCGCUUACUCCCGUCAGCCUUUCAACUAAAAGGCUCUCUAACAGUGGGACAAGCUGUGGCGGCUUGAACGUCCCUUCCUUGGGCAGCGCGUUGCAGACUGGACCAAAUCUUGGGCAACCGGACGACACUGGUUCAAAC